AUGACCACUCCUUCAGAAAUCCAAGCCAGCCGCGAAGCCGACUACAAGCGCUUCAAGAACUAUGCCGCAUAUGCAUUCCUCAUCGGCGCCCCAAUCCUCGUUGCGCUUCCACCCCGCAAACUCGACCCGCUCACCGUGCUAGUCCUCUGCUCAUUCGGCGCAUCAGCAAACCACAUCGUCGGAGACCGCACAGGAAAAAGCAUCAUUGACCGAAUCGAUGCCAGGAUCUCCCGCAUUCACAAUCCCAUGUCAUCACUACCCAGUGAACGUGCACAGGAGAUCCAAGAUCGCCUCCGCGCCUCGCGCGAUGCACAAAUUCGCCAGGCCGAGAAUGAGAAGCUGUCGGCCCGGAUUCAGGAGUUGUCGGAGAGUGGCGAUUCUUCUGUAAGCGCGGAGAUUGAGAAGCUCAAGGCGCGUCAGCUUGCGGAGAAGGGGGUUGUACAGCGGGUUUGGAUGGGCGGGGAGUCGGAAGGAUGGAAGGAGCGGAGGCUGCGGGAGGAGCAGGAGGCUCUUGCUGAAGGGAAGGGGUAUGGGGAUCUGAUUCAGGAGCAUAUCUGGGAUGUUUGGACUUGGGGAGGGAAAGAUGGGAAGGGGGGUGAGGGUGUCAAAGAUGAAAUGAAGGGCGAGUCUGUGAAGAAGGAUUAA